GCAUCCGGGGUUUUCGGGCCGAAGUCCUCCUCGUCCAUCAACUACGGAAAUGGAACAAGAAAAAGUCAACGGGAGUGAGCAGCUGCGUGCCGAGGCGGCCUCCUACCGCUGCUCCGCGUGCCAUGGGGACGAGGACCGGGGCCUGGGCCACCCCAUCCGGGGCCGCGCCAAGUCCCGCAGCCUGUCGGCCGCGCCCGCCCUGGCCAACACCCGCGAGUUCAGGAGGACCCGCUCGCUACACGGGCCAUGCCCAGUGACCACUUUUGGACCAAAGGCCUGCGUGCUGCAGAACCCCCAGACCAUCAUGCACAUCCAGGACCCUGCCAGCCAGCGGCUGACGUGGAACAAGUCCCCAAAGAGCGUCCUCGUCAUCAAGAAGAUCCGGGAUGCCAGCCUGCUCCAGCCCUUCAAGGAGCUCUGCGUGUACCUGAUGGAGGAGAACAACAUGAUCGUGUACGUGGAGAAGAAAGUUCUGGAGGACCCCGCCAUCGUGAGCGACGACCGCUUUGGGCCAGUGAAGAGGAAGUUCUGCACCUUCAGAGAAGAUUACGAUGACAUCUCCAACCAGAUUGAUCUCAUCAUUUGCCUGGGAGGAGACGGGACCCUGCUCUACGCCUCGUCGCUCUUCCAGGGCAGCGUGCCUCCGGUCAUGGCGUUCCACCUGGGCUCCCUGGGCUUCCUGACCCCCUUCAACUUCGAGAACUUUCAGUCCCAAGUUACUCAGGUGAUACAGGGGAACGCAGCUGUUGUUCUCCGGAGCCGGCUGAAGGUCAGGGUCGUGAAGGAGCUCCGAGGGAAGAAGGUGGCCGUCCCCAACGGGAUCAGCGAGAACAGGGUGCUGGCCGCAGCCCUGGACGCAGAGGUCGGGAAGCAGGUCAUGCAGUACCAGGUCUUAAACGAGGUGGUGAUAGACAGAGGCCCAUCCUCAUACCUGUCCAACGUGGACGUCUACCUGGAUGGGCACCUCAUCACCACGGUGCAGGGCGACGGCGUGAUCGUCUCCACCCCAACGGGCAGCACGGCGUACGCGGCCGCCGCCGGGGCCUCCAUGAUCCACCCCAACGUGCCGGCCAUCAUGAUCACGCCCAUCUGCCCCCACUCGCUGUCCUUCCGGCCCAUCGUAGUUCCUGCGGGCGUCGAGCUGAAGAUCAUGCUGUCACCGGAAGCAAGGAACACUGUGUGGGUGUCCUUCGAUGGACGAAAGAGACAGGAGGUCCGCCACGGAGACAGCGUCAGCAUCACUACCUCUCGCUACCCGCUCCCCUCCAUCUGUGUCCGCGACCCCGUGAGCGACUGGUUUGAGAGCCUGGCACAGUGUCUGCACUGGAACGUGCGGAAGAAGCAAGCCCACUUCCCAGAGGACGAGGAGGACGCGGACGAGGAGGAUGGGGCGGGGCGGGCGGGGAGCUAGGCCUCAGGUCCUGCCGUCUGCGCUCGGGACGGGCGCACCUGAACGCGCGUCGUGAGCGUCACGGGCCAAGCGCCGGUGGCAGGUGCCGCGCCACUUGUCUGGCUAGAGGAAGGGCCUGCGAUCUGCCUUUUGUCGACCAGAUCAGCUGUUUUUAACGUUUUAAAUCUGACUUUUCUGCAUUUCUAAACGAGUGAGCAGACCAGGAGCUCUGAGGUCAGCCCAGGCGCACCCACCCUGCGUGUGGUCAGAGCCCGGCCCCAGGCAGGGACGGCCGAGCCUGGUGGGCUCCUUGUAAUUCCUUGUCAGGAAACUUCCAUAAAUCAGUCUACUGAAAUUCAGAGGGGAUCAGAAUGAAUGGGUCUAUCCUAUGGUCUUGAAAAUAAAUGUCUCACGGCCAAAAA